GAGAAAGCAGAGCAGCCGAACACCAUGGAGUAGGUUUCAGCCUCCCACUGCCUGAACCUCCAAUGUGGAACGCCUCGAUCAGUAGAAGAAACAACGUUCACUGAAAAGGAACCUUACUGACCAGCUGGAAGGAAACAUUUGAUUUCUCAGUGGCAGGGCAGCAUUGCAGAGGUUUAGAAGAUGCCUGCUGCUGAAGAUACAGAGUGUGAACACCGGGCACCGGAAGGCUCCAGCCUGAAGAUUCAGCUCUAUCAUGCGACCAGAGAGCAAGCUGCACACACCCUGCAGUUCUGUGCUGGACGCUACACAGCCGAGGAACUUUGCAUUUUCGCUGCACAGGCUAGCGGAAUUCUACCAGUCUACAACAGUCUCUUUGCCCUUGCAACUGAAGAUAUAAAAGUCUGGUUCCCUCCAAGCCACAUCUUCCAGGUUGAUGGCUGCACACAACAGGUCCUUCUAUAUCGCCUCAGAUUUUUCUUUCCUAACUGGCUUGGCCAAGGCAGCAAGAAAUCCUACCGCUAUGGUCUUACGAAGGAGUAUACCAGCACCGUUUUGGAUUACUCUGUCAUAGACUACCUCUUUGCUCAGUCACGCUCUGACUUUGUCACUGGACUCAUUAAAGUCCCACUGGACCUGCAGAUGCAGGAGGAAUGCUUGGGAAUGGCUGUACUGGACAUAAUGCGGAUAGCAAAGGAAAGGAAGUGGAGUCUGCAACAAAUCUGUGAGCAGAUCAGUUACAAGUCCUGCAUUCCAGCAUCUCUCCGUCAACAGAUCCAGCAGCAAAACUUCGUAACAAGAAAGAGAAUCAGAAGGAAGUUUGACAAGUUUCUGAAGAAAAUCAGCCACUGCGAAACUGACCUCAGGUGCCUGAAGCUGAAAUACCUCCUGGAUAUGGGAAACUUGAAAAUAAUGCCCAUUCAGGAAAUCUUUUGUGUGAAAGAUCAAACAUGGGAUCAUCAAGUGCUCCCAACAUACAAGUUCAUCUGCAUCUCUGGAGAACAUGGAGUCCAGUGGAAUACCAAAGAUGAUGAGCAAUGGCAGGCCUUCUGUGACUUUCCAGAGAUUGUUGACAUCACUCUCAAGCAGGCUAGCCGAGAUUAUGUCUUAGAAGAAAGUCGAAUUGUCACACUUACUAAACAAGACAACGAGGUUUUGGAGGCAGUGUUUCCCACUCUGAGAGAGGCUCUAUCUUUCAUCGCCCUGAUUGAUGGCUAUUACAGACUGACUGCUGAUGCUCACCAUUAUUUCUGCAAAGAAGUGGCUCCCCCGAAACUGUUGCAACACAUUGAAGACAAUUGUCAUGGACCAAUCACCUCCAACUUUGCUGUGUCCAAGCUAAGGAAGCAUCGAAACAGGAAAGGUCUUUACAUCCUUCGCUGCAGCCCCAAGGAUUUCAACAAGUACUUCCUGACCGUUUGUGUUGAA